AUAUAGUGAAUGCAGGGUCCGGGGAGACCGGAUAUAGUGAAUACAGGGUCCGGGGAGACCAGAUAUAGUGAAUGCGGGGUCCGGGGAGACCGGAUAUAGUGAAUGCAGGGUCUGUGGAGACCAGAUAUAGUGAAUGCAGGGGUCCGGGGAGACCAGAUAUAGUGAAUGCAGGGUCCGGGGAGACCAGAUAUAGUGAAUGCAGGGUCCGGGGAGACCAGAUGUAGUGAAUGCAGGGUCCGGGGAGACCAGAUAUAGUGAAUGCAGGGUCCGGGAGACCAGAUGUAGUGAAUGCAGGGUCCGGGGAGACCA